CACAAAUGUCAUUUCAAAAACAAAAACAAGAUAGGAGGGGAAAAAUUAAAACAAAACACUUCCUACCAAGUCGAAAUGCUACAAAUGAUACAAAACUCCUUGGCAAUUGGCGUCGUGUUUGGACGCAACCUCGGAUGGCGUAGCAGUGUUUUGGGUUAUCAACCCACCCUUCACUAACACUGGUGAUGCAAACACUUGGCGUUUCGCAGACUUGUGUCCAGAGUCCCUUGACUUCUGGGGCUGAGCUGACAGGGGAAUUGCCCUUUUUGUGCACGUAUGUCCCCAACCGAGGUGUGGGGUCACCUGCCCCCCGCUCGCAGCAGCCCUGUGGUGCUUUUCGAGGGGGUGCGGAUGUCCCUGGAGACACGGGUGCUGUCCCGGGAAUCAAAUGGAAAUCCAUGCCAUGUCCUUGCUCCCGUGACUGUCAGAAUUCAGGUUGCCCUGGAGACAUGAUGCCACAUUCGCAGAAGGGGAAGAGAGAGAGAGAGACCUCAGCCCUGCUGUCCUCCAGGGACUGCACUCUCAAAAUUCUUCUGUGAGCCUCCUUUGACCCCCAAGAGCUUGCAGACAAAGAGAGCCAGCCAAGUAUUUGUAAUUUCUGCAUUUUUGCCUAAAAUGGCCAAGCAAAAUUCUCCAUCACUAACUGAAGUUGUAAAACAAGUUGCAGAGCAGCAACAUUCACAAGCAUCCGAGAUAGAAAAAAACAAGACAGUUCUUUUCCAAUUGCAGGCAAAGUUUCAGGAACUAGAAAAAGAAAUGAAUUCUAUUCUGUUAGAAACUAAGAUGACGGAAAGGGAAAUAUAUCUGAAAGAUGAUGCCAUAGAAGUGACAAAAUAUCACUGUGAAAAUCUGGAAGCCCAAGUCAGAGCCCUAUAUUCUGAAAAUUUAAAGUUGAGGCAUGAUGCAGAAACAGUACAAGAAGAGUUUGAGAUGACAUUUGCAAGAAAUAAUAAAUAUCGUGAAAAAAUAAAGGCUCAUCAACAUCUCUUUUGGGAGAUGGAAAGUAAAAUGCCACUUAUGGUUGAGCUUGCUAAAAGGAAAGCUGCUGUUAAAGACUUAAAGACAAAGAAAGAGAAUUUAAUGCGUGAUUUCCAAAAUCCAGACGGAUCUGUUAUAAAACAUAUGCAGGAAGAAAUUACACUUUUAAAAAGGGAAAUCACAACAUUGAAAGAGUUCAUCAAUAAAAAAACAGAUUUGCUGGAAGAAGAGAAAAAAAUGCAUGCUAAGCUUAGAAAAGAAAUUGAGGUACAGAAUAAAAGAUAUGAUGCUAUUCUAAAACGUUUGCAUUGCCAACUGAAGAAACUCCAUUCAAAUAAAAGACAAUGGUACUGGAACAUUCAGCAGUUGGAGAAGAAAGCAGCAGAACUAAGAAAGCGUCUUGGAAUUAUGGAGGUACAAAGUAGCAUAUAAACCAAACCUAGCAAAGCUACAGUGUGGGUAAUCUUUUCCAGGUGGAGGAGCUUUUUUUCUGGAAAUACUGCAAAUUAGUAAAUAGCCUGAUAGCUGGGCCAGGGCUCAGUAAUGUCUUUCUUUUUAAAGUUUUUCUCCCUUUCAUUCUGUGGCCUAAACUAGGCUGUGCUGAAUCUGUAAUGCUUUGGAAUUACUUUUUUUUUUUUUUUUUUCCCUUUUUACUGUAGCCAGCGGCUGUUCAGGAAGAAAGUUAUUAGCAUUUACAGGCAUUUUCAAAAUAUGUACCUGUUUUAUCUAAAAAGUAAUUUGAAGUCAACCAAAUAAGAUUUUAGAAGUUCCUUUUUAUUUGAUUAGAUCUCUGAAGAUUGAGAUCUACAUUGUUUUUCUUACAGAGAAAUAUCAGUGGUAUCAGUGUGUAUUUGCAUUCUUGGGAUACCACAAUUUGAGAUCUUUUAUCCACAUCCCUUAUUAUUUCAACCUACUAAGGAACUCCAAAAGCUCUGUUGGCCUGGUUUUUGCUGUGUGGGAAAUUCAUACAGAUGAUGUUAUGGCCUGUUUGCCCUGUAUCUGCCAGGACGUUCUAGUGUGGGGUCAAGGAGGACAUAGGUUGUCCAGCUAUAAAAGGCUUAGAAACAAAUAUUCUCAGAACGGGGUUUCAAAUAAUCUGACUUCAACUGCUCUAAUAUGUGUUAGCAAAGGGGAAUGGGUAGGUAAAGAGAGGACUGAAUCUGGACAACUUUUAAAAUGGAAUAACUGACCCUCUAGAAAUAGAAAUUAAUUACAGAUGACUGAUUACAGAGGAAUUUACUGUGUAGAGGAUCUUAACUAACUAGUAUUAGCCAUCCAACAUCUAAUGUUCAGUAAGAUGAUUCUUAACAUAAAUGACAACCCAUUAAAUAUUCUUGUUAAAACAGUAGUGAAAACUAGACACUUUUCUUUGCCUUCUUUUUAUUAUGUGCUUGGCAUUUGAGGAAUUUACCAUACUUCAUUCUUACACUUAAGGUAAUAGUUCUGACUGGACAUCACCUGUAACAUCAUCUGUUCUAUGGAAGUAACUUUUUAUUAGAGGUGUUGUCUCGAAUAAUUUAGAUUUAUCUGGUGAAUAUAAAAGAUUUAAGCAAAUUGAGUAUUAACUGGAAAAUGUUAGACUGUCUAUACAUUGUUAGCUUAGGAAAGAAAAACUUAAAAUGCAGUACAAUUAUUACUUGUGUUAGAACAUUUGUAUGUUAAUGUAUAUUUACAUUUCCCUUAAUAUGU